AUGCAACUCAUAAAUGGAUUCGACCGGGAACUUUACUCACUUGCGGACGCGGGAACUACAAAACACCUCCCAUUAACAACAUUCCAUUUCACCUCAAUGUUUCUCUUCUCAAGGAGAAUCCGGGUACAAAGGCAGUGGGUGAUAAAGGAAGCGAUCAAAGCGGCUAGAACCGAGGUGGGUCUUACCAACCGGUUCCCUUUGGAGACUCCAGCCACUCCAGAACGGCUUGUUUUGACGAGCUCCGUAUGCAAGCUCAGAUUUCUGCCCUAA